AUGUUUUAUUUCUGUCGCGGUGACCUCAUCUCUAACGGCAGCACCGACCGACUCCUCUCCGACUCUUCACCGACUCCUCUCCGCCGCUCCAGCCUCAGCUCCUCGGCUCCUCCGUCUCUCCCCAGCCGUCCUCCCGGUACAUCCAGCCGGACUGUUCCGGGGACCCAGCCGGGACGGUGGAGCCGCCGACCGGACUCUGACGUCGAGUUUAAACGAGUUUAAAGCUUGAGGAGGAAGACGAGGACGGAGAUGAAGAUCAACCAGGACCAAUAAACACACACUAAUACGCACACUAAGCAACACACCUCCUCCUGCUCCUCCUGCUCCUCCCUGCUCUUCCCUGCUCUUCCCUGCUCUUCCCUGCUCCUCCUGCUCCUCCUGCUCCAUCAUGACCUCCUGGUCCACCGGCAGCAUGUUGCUCCUGGGCCUCUGAGCGUCCUCCAGCCGGGGUCGGGGGGUCGGGGGGUGGGGGGUGGUGGUCCGACAUGUCCAGGUCUGGAUCCGGGAUGCCCAGGCCCGGCUCGGUGCGCCCCAUCGGGGCGGAGGCCCUGGUGGCCCUGCUGGAGGGGGGUCUGGACCGGGUGGUGCUGAUCGAUAGCCGGCCCUUCGUGGACUAUAACUGCUCCCACAUCCUGGAGGCCGUGAACGUGAACUGCUCCAAGCUGAUGAAGAGGAGGCUGCAGCAGGACAAGGUCCAGAUCCCGGAGCUGCUGCAGCACUCGGCCAAGAACAAGCUGGAGCUCCAUGGAGACCAGGAGGUGGUCGUCUAUGACCAGACGUCUUCUGACCCCACGUCUCUGGGCUCCGAGUCCUUCCUCAGCGUCCUGCUGGUCAAACUGGAGAGAAGCUUCCCCUCAGUCCACCUGCUCUCAGGUGGGUUCUCCGAGUUCUCCCACCUGUUCCCUGGUCUGUGUGAGGGGAAGUCCUCCCUGGUUCCCUCCUGCAUGUCUCAGCCCUGUUUACCCGUCACCAACCUGGGCCCGACCCGCAUCCUGCCCCACCUGUACCUGGGCUGCCAGAGGGACGUCCUCAACAAGGACCUGAUGCAGCAGAACGACAUCGCCUACGUCCUCAACGCCAGCAACACCUGCCCCAAACCGGACUUCAUCCCUGAGUCCCACUUCCUGCGCGUCCCGGUCAACGACUCGUUCUGUGAGAAGAUCCUGCCGUGGUUGGACCGUUCGGUGGAGUUCAUAGAAAAAGCUAAAGCGUCCAACGCUCGAGUCCUCGUCCACUGUCUGGCCGGGAUCUCGCGCUCCGCCACCAUCGCCAUCGCCUACAUCAUGAAGAGGAUGGACAUGUCUCUGGACGAGGCCUACAGGUUCGUGAAGGAGAAGCGUCCGACCAUCUCUCCUAACUUUAACUUCCUGGGUCAACUGCUGGACUUUGAGAAGAAGAUAAAAAGUCCUGGAGCUGAGUCCAGACUGAAGCUCCUCCCUCAGUCUGAGCCCAGCGCUGAGGCCUCUGCUCAGUUCCAGGCCCCGGAGCCUCCAGCCUGUCUGGACCCGGAGGCCCCUAGGGAACCUGGGGAACCCGGGGAACCUGGCCCGGCCCGUCUGGAGCCCCUCACCCUGCCCUGUGUCCUCGCAGAGGGCCCUGAGGAGCACCUGUCCCAGGCCCUGAGCGUCCUGCAGCUCUCUGAGGGGCCCGAGGACAGUGUCCGUCUCAAACGCUCCUUCUCUCUGGACAUCAAGUCUCACGGCGAGCCGGCCAGAAGCUCCGCCCACCGGCCCGAGGCCGCCAGUAAGCCCUGCCAGUUCUCCCCGGUGGAGGAGGUCUCUGAGCAGUCCACCCCGGAGCAGAGCCCCGACAAGGAGGAGGUCGCCGGCCCGGAGCGAGGCGCCCCCCCGGCCUCCGCCGGCUUCACCAAACCUCCCCCCGCCCACACCUGUUCCCACCACCUGCACCGCAGCGGCAGCAUGGAGGACAGCGCCACCAGCUUCCUGUUCGGCCUGUCCCGCAGCCAGCAGCACCUGGCCCGGCCCGGGUCCGGGGGGGCGCUGAAGGGCUGGCACUCCGACAUCCUGCUGGGCCCCGUCACCGUGUCCACCUCCUCUCUGGCCGGGGGCUGGUACCUGUCCUCCGAGUCCACGCGCUUCUACUCCACGUCGGCCAUCUUGAGCGGGGGGUGUGGCCACGGCCUGGAGGCGGUGCGGCGCCGCAGCCGGAGGCCGACCGGGGACCACGGCGACUCCAGGAGGAGCUGGCACGAGGAGAGCAGCUUCGAGAAGCAGCUGAAGAGACGCAGCUGUCAGAUGGAGUUUGGGGACGGGAGGACGGACAGCAGGUCCAGGGAGGACGUGGGGGGGGGACAGUCCAGCUUCUCCGGCAGCAUGGAGGUCAUCCAGGUUUCCUGAGACCGGUAGACCUGGAGUCAGGGUCAGACUCUAAAACAGGAGCCCAGAACUCAGAAAAUAAAUGGUCUUCAUUAAAGCCCCGCAGGAGGCGGCCAUCUUGUUUGAAUAACCUUUAUCGUUCACUUUGGAUCCAGAACAAUCACCAGAAACUGAGUUUGAUUUGUUUGUUUACUGAAGCUGCUCUUUGUUUGUUUGUUUGUUUGUUCGUUUGUUUGUUGACUUCCUGUUCCUCUCUGAUCACUGAAAGGCUCAAUGAAGAUGUAAAGACUCUGAUUUAUUAUCAAUAAACUCAUCAGCUGAUUCAUUGAUUCAUGGAUCAGAGCAGGAAGUAAAACACUGAUCAGGGACCAAUCAGAGCGGAGCAGUGGCCUGUGAUGACGAGGACGUCUCUGACGACUGGUUUGUUUCCUAAAAAUAAAACUCUUCUGAUAAAACUUG